AUGGCCGCUCUGCCUCAUCUCCUCAAGCUCCCGUGCUCUAUUCGUGAACUUGUUGACAAAAACUUUAUCGAUGAUUGGAUAUCAUUACAACUCAUAUCUGAAUUAGGGUCUGACUACAGCACACCCGCUUUCGACUUGUAUUAUUGGCUUUUCAACAAGAAAUAUGAGACAGAGACAAUUGAUAUGAGCCAACUUCAUGGAUCUUUGGCAACUUUAAUGGGUUACCGCAGAGCUAGUAGUGCUUUUAUAAUGAAGGAGCUGGAAAAAAUAAUACUUCUUGAUUACUUGGGCGCGGUGCCAAUAUCGGAGAAAGAACAAGUCAGGAGAGAUCUUGAUCUCAAGCUUACCGAAAUCAACCUUGAAUCCACAAGAAAUACUGAGGAAAUUCUAGAGUUUAAGGAUAUUAGCAGAGAUACGAUCAACAAGGUCAAUAGGCAUGAAUGCUUUGAUUACAUCGGAUCCCAGCUCAGAACGCUAGUUUCUGGCAACCGUUUGGAAAUUUUGCAGCUAAGAGUUAUGGGAAAUAUUUACCUAGAAGAAGUUGAAAAGAUUGAUAUGAGUGAUCUUGCUGACAAACUAAAAGAGGACCUCGGGCCGCACUGCGGCAUAUUUGUGUCUCGCCUUCAACAUUUCCUUUUGACUAAGAGCGAAGACUUCAACGAAAAGCCACAGGGCUUGUUAUUAAGGUGA